AUAUUAUAGCGUCAUUCUAUCUUGUGUCGUUCCAGAGAAGGCUGCUUUACUAGUUCAAGCAAUAUGUUCUACUUGCUGUUCCUGGCCUUUCUGACCACAACAACCGGCCACACCUUCAAUACCGUUUAUUCGUGGAAGCAGGUCGAAUUCAAACUUCCAAAUGAUACCAUCCGAAACGAGUACAUAGCUUCCGGCGAUUACAUCCCGGAAAAUAACAUGCCACUAGGUUUGGCCAUUUGGCGCAAAACAAUGUUCAUCACAGUACCACGGUGGAAGAACGGUGUUUUAGCUACUUUAAAUAGCUUUUCAAUGAACGAUGACAAGCACAGUCCAGUUUUAACGCCGUAUCCUGAUCUUGAAGCAAAUAACAUUAGUUCACCCGACGGCCUCGUAAGCAUAUUCCGUGUCAGAAUCGAUACGUGCGAUCGUUUGUGGGGUCUUGACACAGGAGCAAGCGACAUUUUGGGAGACACCAAAGUUGUGCAACCUAUGAGACUAAUUGUUAUCGAUUUGAAAACGAACAAGAUUAUACGCAAAUAUACCUUGAAGGAUACAGACGUGAAGCCGGAAACGUUCAUUGCCGAUCUUGUGAUCGAUGUUGCGCCCGAACAAUGCGACAAAGCAUUCGCGUAUAUGAGUGACUUAGCCGCGUACGGCAUAGUGGUGUACAGCUGGGAAAAAAACGAUUCUUGGCGGAUUAAUCAUAAUUUCUUCCAUUUCGAUCCGUUGAACGGUGAUUACAAUGUUAGCGGUUAUAACUUCCAAUGGACUGAUGGCGUUUUCGGAAUGUCGCUGUCACCGAUUUAUGCCGACGGAAGUAGAACGCUUUAUUUCCAUUCCAUGUCCGGUAUCACGGAGUUUUCCGUGUCUACGGAUGUUCUGCAGGACAAUCAAAAAUCACAGGUCUAUAGUAAUUUCCGCAUUGCUGGCACCAAGGGACAAUUGACUCAAGGACCAUCUUCUAUUAUUGAUCCGAAAACAUGUAUCGACUAUUUUACUCAAGUAAAUAGAAAUGGUAUCGCAUGUUGGGAUAUUACGACGGAAUUGAAUCCGGAAACAUUCAAAUUGGUGGCGCAGGAUAAUACAACGUUGGUAUUUCCUCAGGAUAUAGUUAUCGAUAAUGAGUCUCGAAAAUUAUACGUUCUCUCUAAUAAUAUACCGAAAUUCAUGAAUGGUAACUUUGAUCCGUUGGUAACAAACUUUUUCAUUACUUCAGCUGAUCUCGAGACGUUAACAUCUUUAUGCAAACAGACUCGUACACCCUUAUCUAAUGAGGGUGCAAAUACACUCUUAUUUGGUAAGGGUGUAGAUACACCCGUACUCAAAUAUCGCCAAAAAUUGGAAGUACAUAUUGGAAUAAAAUCUCUUACGUAAUUCUAGAGACAUAAGUACUUUCGAAAAUAAGAGAGAAAAUAGUACCUCGAAUUCCCCAUUACGGCCAUUACAUUAUGUGUUACAAAUGUACUAAAUUAAUUGGAAGUACAUGCAUUUACAUGACAAAAAAGAACAUGUGUAUCUGAUAAA